GUAAAUAGUUUUAGUGGUGAUUGACAUUAAUACCACCAACUCCCGCAACUACACGAUAAAAAGGGGCCGGGAAACAACUGACUACAAACCAGGCGCACCGGUUGGCCAAAUACUAAAAAAUAAUUGCACUACUAAAUUACGGUUCAUCUUCUCUUCUCUUCUCUUCAUUUUGGUUGAUCUUUUCCUUCGUUAUGUGAGUGUCGAUCUUUUCAGUGCCAAGAUAGGCAUAGAUCAUGGCUGGUAAAAUCUCAUCAACAGAUGUGCAUCACAUCCAAGGACAUAAUGUGGAUGAUAUGAUUAGCGACUUACCCGAGGGCGUUCUUCUUCAUAUUCUUUCUUUACUCCCUACCAAAGAUGUUGUAAGAACUUCCGUAUUAGCAACAAAAUGGAGACACUUGUGGACCUACUUAUCCGUCUUUGAUUUUAAAAUUCCAUAUCCUCUAUAUAAUAAGUCAAAAGACCAAAAUCAGAAUUCAGUAAAUUGUCUCUUGGAUCUAGUUGGAAGACUACUGCGAAAAUCUAAUUGUGUAGAAAGGCUCUCCAUUGACAUAUUUGAAAUUACUGUUGAUGGAGAUAAAGUUAGUUCUUUAAUAUCUUCUGCUUCGAAGCACAAACUACAAUAUCUUAAACUUUCACUAGGUGUUCCAAAUGAUAAGUUUGCGUUACCCCAUUGUUUCUCGGCAUUUGAGUCAUUGAAUGAACUUUGUUUAGGACUCAAGUUCACUCUUUGUAUUCCUAGUGAUAUUUGUUUCCCUAGUCUGAAGAAAUUAGUAGUUUCAGAUGUUACAUUUGCAAAUGAGGAGUCGGUUCAACAACUUUUCUCUGGGUGCCCUGUCUUACAAGAGUUGACCUUGUACAAUUGUUAUUGGGAGAAUAUAGAGCAGAUCAGUGUUGCAAUUUCCACAUUAAGGAAGUUGACUAUCUAUUUUGACCUUUGUUGUGUAGAUGAUGAGGAUGAUUAUAUGACAGUCAUGAUUGAUGCUGUGAAUCUUUUAUCUUUAAGUUGCACAUGCCAUGCAGCAAUACGAUUUAUCCCUGUUAACUUGACCUCCAUAGUUGAUGCCCAUGUUCACCUUGAGGAUGACAGUCAACUUGUACCUGUACUAUAUGUUGCUCAUUGUAUAUUUGAGCUAUUGAGUGGACUUAAUAAUGUCAAAUCUCUCGAUAUAACAAAUGAUACUCUUGAGUGUCUUAUUGACCGUACAGAGGUUGACCUCAAUCUCCUUCCCACAUUUCACAAUUUAACACAUCUUUAUGUGUAUAAUUUUACUGACGAGUCUACUGCUACUAGUGGAGUAUUACCUGAUAUUCUCCGAAAGACUCCUAAACUGGAAGUUCUUUAUAUUCCUACUGUGGUACGUGAAUACUUGGAUGGUGAAGAUUCGUUAUUGAACUCAUUGCCUUGCUGCUUAAAAUCCUCUCUCAAACGAUUACACAUUUUAUAUUUUUUUGGAGAUGAAGAUGAAAUCGAGUUUGUUAUGCUUUUCUUAAAAAAUGCCUCAUUUUUUAGGGAGAUCCAGUUAGCUAAUGUGGAGAAGGUGGCUGAUAUCCAGGACCAGUUGCAAUCUGUAGGCCUGGGAACCUACGUUGAGGCCUGCUGUGGCCUUGGCCACAGUAGAAUUAUCAUUUUUAAUAGUCCCAGCGACUAUGAAUCCCCUGAUGAUGAAUCUGAUGAGGACGAAGGUGCAAAUUCCGGGGUGUUUCCUGGUGCAGGAUUUAUGCAGGAGUCUUCUUCUGCUGGUUCUGCCGCUAGUCCAAAUCGAUUUGAACAACCUGAUACUGUAGAGAUGUGGCAACUUUUGAAUAGUGAACAACGCAAACAAAUAGUGCAGGAAGAGUUCCAACAAGCAUUUGAGGAGAUUAUCGAGAGUAGAUGGAUGGAUGAGAUGCUCCAUCAUUACAUGUUAAUGCUGUCUCCCUUUCUACCUCAUUACGACAAACUGCAGAUACCGCGUAUGCAAGAGUCUUCUUCGGCUGUUUCUGUUUCUUCCGCCAAUACGGGUCAAUCUCAACAGCCUGAUAUCGAAGAGAUGCGGCGACCUUGGAAGAUUGUGCCGGAAUAUGUGCAACAAGAGGUUCGGGAGAUUAUAGAGAGUAAAGUACGUAAGAUGGUACGUAAGAUGGUGGAUGAGGUACUACACCAAACAAUGUUGAUGCCACCAGCGGCAGAUGCUGCCUCCCUGUCCACCUCAUUAUUAUCAUCUGCAGAUGUUGCUUCCGUUUCCACCUCAUUAUUACCAACAGAAGUACUCGCAGCCUCCUCCGUACCAGCAUCAAUUACCUCCUUACCCUCACCAGUAUCAGUAUCCACCCCCGUAUCCGCAAGCUCACUACUACCACCGGUACUCGCGGCCUCCUCCGUACCAGUAUCAUCUACCUCCUUACCCUCAUCAAUAUCAGUAUCCACCCCAGUAUCUGCAACAAACAGUACUACCAGCCAGAGAUGACUGAGUAUCAAGGAUGAAUAUCUCCUUGGAGGACAAGUUGUGAAAAGCCAGAAUCUGUCUCAGUGGCAUAGAGUGUAAACUUUUGUCUUCAAUGAUUUUCUGGGAUUUAUUUACUCUUAUGUUUACUUCUUUGUUAUGUAUCAUGGCGGAUUGAAAAAUGUUUGUUAGAUCUAAUAACAUUUGCCCAUAUCUCUAUUUCCAUCAA